GCCUGUCUCCUCCUGAUCGAUCACCUUCUCUCGACCUGCGGCCCUUUUAUGGACCAAAACCACAACUUCGAUCACCAACAUUGUCCAUCGCCCAAGUCUUCAAUCCUGCUUCAGAUACCAUGGGCGUGGUCGCCCUUGUUCAAGGCUUCAAACUCGAUGUCGCCAAGCUCGACGAAGUGCUUGCGGCAGCCGGUAUUCCACCAACUGGUAGAUCGCAGCCUUUCUCUCAAGAAACCUCAGUCGUCGCGGAGCUCUGCAAAACCAAAGGCGCUGAUUGCGAAAUCCGAAUCUUUAUGCCGCUGAAGAGGGGAUACAGCUUGUCGAGCUAUGUCUUUAUUUGCUUUGAUUGGGUUUAUGUGCACAACGCGAGAGACAUUGAGGGCUUGUUGCAAAAGCCAGUGCCGGCUGCCUUCGAAGCCAUACGCAAAUCGCUCCAGGCUGAGUCAGGCAUUUCAAAGUACAUUGUAUGCAACGACGACGAUACUACAUGGAUCCCGGAAGAGUUAAUUGCGCGCAACACGCCCCCAGUACAUUGCGGUGUGUGUGAUGCUGUCUUUGAUAAUUGGACCGCCCGCUUUUUCCAUCGUCGUAAUCAGCAUGGAAUAGACGAAGACAGGGAGCCAUUGCCUGAUUGUUAGAGUAUGCAAGAAAGGAUGCGCUAAGUGGGAUGAGUGGAAUGGCGUGGUGCUAGCUGUUCGAGGCGAUGUUAAAUAGAAUUCAUCACUGAGGUGUGGAGGAAUAGUAGCCCGAGUGUUACAGAUUCGAUUAACACGUGACUAUGCUAUGCCUAAGCUCAGAGGAUUACAACAUGAAUAUGACGCCAUUG